AUGGGAUUUUCAACAUUUAUUAAAGAGAGAAUCUCUUCAAAAAAAGAUUCAGAUACAUCUUCAACUGAAGAAGAAAACAUUGCUGAGAAAUUUGAUGAAUUAACUGAAUAUAAUGAACAAUAUCCAGAACCUACCACUGAAGAUUAUUCAACUUUGAAAAGAACUCUUGGUUCAGCUCCUUUUAUUACUUAUUUAAUUUGUCUUGUUGAAUUUGCUGAAAGAGCUUCUUAUUAUGGUGUUAAAAACAGAUUGAAUAACUUUGUUCAAUUAAAAUUACCAGCUGGUGGUAAUGGUGCUGGUGCUCCUCCAAAAGGUGAUCAACAAAAUGCUGGUGCUUUAGGUCUUGGUUUACAAACCGCUUCAGCGGUUACUUUAUUAUUAACAUUCUUAGCUUAUUUAACUCCAUUAUAUGGUGGUUAUAUUUCUGAUAAAAAAUUAGGUAGAAUGAAGACUAUUUGGUAUGGUCUUUGGAUUGGUGCUGCAUCUCAUAUUAUUUUAAUCAUUGCUGCUAUUCCAUCAGUUAUUACUGGUGGUGCUGCUUUAGCUCCAACUAUUAUUUCAAUCUUGACAUUAGCCAUUGGUACUGGGUUAAUUAAACCAAAUUUAUUACCUUUAUUAUAUGAUCAAUAUCCUCAUAAAAGAGAUAUUGUGAAAACUACUGAAAAGGGUGAACGUGUUAUCGUUGCAAGAGAACAAACUUUGGAAAGAAUGACUUUAGUUUUCUAUUGGUCUAUUAAUAUUGGGGCUUUUAUGUCAUUAGCUACUGCUUAUUGUGCUAAAUUAGUUGGGUUUUGGUUAGCUUAUUUGAUUCCAGGUGUUGUUUAUUUCAUUAUGGUUCCAGUUUUAUUAGCAUUAGCACCAAAAUUAAGAAAAGAAAAACCAAAUGGAAUCUCAAUUAUUGAAGAAUCUUUCAAAGUUAUUAGAUAUACUUUAAAAGGUGGUUGGAUUAAAAGAAUUAAAAUUAAUCAAUAUUGGGAAUAUGCUAAACCAUCAAAUAUUUUAAAUAGAGGUGAUGUUCAAGCUUUAGAAGCUGUCAAUAAGAAAGGUCAUAAAAAAAUUUCAUGGAAUGAUCAAUUUGUUCAAGAUGUUAAAACAACUUUUGAAGCUUGUAAAAUUUUUUUAUUUUUCGUUAUUUAUAAUAUUACAAAUGGUGGUAUUGGUGGUAUUCAAAAUUCUCAAGCAAAUUCUCUUACAACAAAUGGUGUUCCAAAUGAUUUAAUUGAUAAUUUUAAUCCAUUAACAAUUAUUAUUUUAAUUCCAAUUUUGGAUCAUUUAGUAUAUCCAACUUUAAGAAAAUAUAAAAUUGAUUUUAGACCAGUUCAUAGAAUUUUUUUUGGUUUUAUCCUUGCAGCAAUUUCUCAAGUUAUUGGUGCUAUUAUUCAAUGGAGAGUUUAUGAAACUUCACCAUGUGGUUAUUAUGCAACAGAAUGUGAAAUUGGUACAAGAGUUUCACCAAUAACUGUUUGGGUUGAAGUUGUAUUAUAUAUCUUGGGUGCAUCAUCUGAAUGUUUUGCUAAUACAGCAGCUUAUGAAAUUGCUUAUACAAGAGCACCAGAAAAUAUGAAAGGUUUAGUUAUGGCAUUAUUUUUAUUUAUGCAAUCACUUUCAGCUGCUAUUUCAAGUGCAGCUACACCAGGUUUAUUAGAUCCUUAUUUAAUUUGGCCAUUUGUUGCAUGUGCAAUUGUUGGAUUUAUUUCAGCAAUUUAUUUCUUAUGGUUAUAUAAAGAUUUACAUAAAGUCAUGGAUCAAGAAAGAAUUGAUAAAGAAAAUAGAUUAAGAUUAGAAUAUGAAGAUUAUAUUAAUUCUAAAGGUGAUGUUGUUAUUGAAGAUGGAUCUGCAAAUAGUCAUGAUGGAACUUUUGAUAAUGAAGGAAAAAAGAAUAAUCAAGUUAUUUCAAGAGUUGUUACAGAUCAAAUUUCUUUAAAAGAUGAAAAAAUUGAAGUUGAUGCAGUUGAAAGUUCAUUAAGUACUAAGAAAUGA